CGGGUCUUCAAUUCCCAAACCUCGUCCCACCCAAAUCUCAGCCCAGGGCCUGCCUGACCUAAUCUAAAGCAAAGAAGCGCAGCAGCUGCAUCACGAUUCACGCACUUGUCGCAUGCCUCAGUCAUCAUCGCACUCACCGCUCCACGCUCGCCCGCUCCGCCGCUCUCAUCGCUGGAGGCCGGACACGCACGAACGCACCAUCUGCUGCUCGCCGUCUGCUCCUGCUCGUCUCUAAAUUGCUGUCUUCUUCUCUCAAGCCUUGAGGACUCCAGUCUCGACUCUCGGCACAACCAACUUGGUGUGUUGCCGUCUGCUUCUGCUCGUCUGCUAAGCCAAGGUAAAAUGAGAAGAAGAGUACCUUCAGUUGGAGGUGGCAGGUUGAUUGUAUGGCCGAAAUACAUGUAGGGUGUUCUAAAGUGGGAUUAGCCUUGUAAUGAUUUCUUUUUUGGAAUAGAUGUGUUUUACCCCCUUCCACUAUUCAUUCCCCCUUUUUCUUCCUUUGUAUCGCCGUGUAUCUCAUUAAGGACAAAAGUGAAAAGUCAACAAAUCAUUUUCUUUUUCCUUAAAUCAAAAGAAGUCAAAUGUGGAACUUGUUCAAGAAUACGAGGGAGUAAUAGGUUUGACCAUUCGAGUGGCCUGAUACUUUCACAUUAGAUUACUUAUUUUGUCCGGCCCAAUCGUCCGAUGGCCUAACGAACCGCUACUGCCGACGCGGCGACGCUUGUCGGUUGCCGUCUGGACGCCUGCUGCUUGCUGGAUUUCUUCAAUUUCUUAUUCCUCAAUCCUUAGGCCCCAUCCUUCUGGUGCUGCGUGGUGCAGAGUCGCCUACUAGCCUUCAGCCCUUCACGGCUUCACUGCCUGUCUGCGGCUGCCUCAGGCCUCACCAAUCAAACCAAUCAGAGAAAGCCUUCAUGCUCUUGACUCUUCAGGUGAGUCCGGCCUCCCCCCCGUAGUUUUUAUUAAUUAAUUGAUUUCUUGGUUGUCGAGUAUUCAUGGAGAAGCGGAAGCAUGGAGAUUACUAAUCAAGUAAAAUAGUUGAGUCUGGGAAACUUCAGAAGCGGAAUCAAACGCGACUACACAGGACGGAGAAUACGAAGAGGUAUUUGUGUGGCAGCCGUGCAGCAGUAAUGUUGAUCUAUGGACAUAGCGUGUAUUCCCUAUCGUCAAGCAGCCGCCGUAGACUCGGAGCUGCAAUGCAAUAUGCGGCGGCAGCCUCCUCAAUUUCAAGCCUCAAAGUAGUCCCCUGGCGAAAGGAUCAAAAGCUAGACGAAGCAAUCGAGAAGGACAAGAAAUGGAGGCUGUGCGCAAGGGUGGUGAGAGAGGUGAUGAACGAACCCAGUCAGGCAAUUCCUCUCCGAUACUUGCAGAAACGGCGGGAGAGGCUCUCUCUCCGUGUUAACGUCACAACUUUCCUUUCACAAAACCCAGGGUUGUUCGACAUGUAUAAGGAUCGGAUCCGACCUAAGUCCGAACCCGUCCCAUUCCUACGGGCAAGUACGGGUCUGAGGCGAUUCCUGGAAGAAGAGAAGAGGAUUUACAUCCAAAACGAGAGCUUUUUAGUUUGUAAGCUAUGUAAGUUGCUGAUGAUGGCUAGGAAUAGAGUGAUUAGCGCAGGUAAAUUGUUGGAGGCCAAGAGGGAAUUUGGGUUCCCAAAUGAUUUUUUAGUGAAUCUGGUUCCCAGAUACCCGGAAUAUUUCAGGUUGUUAGCGGGUAGUGAGGGGAAAGCGUUCUUGGAAUUGGUGACUUGGAAUGAGGAUUUUGCAAAAUCAGUGAUCGAACAGAGAGCGGAGGAAGAGUCAAGGUUAACUGGGAUUAGGGUGAUGCCGGCAUUUGACUGGAUCCUUCCACCGGGAUUCUUCUUAAAAAAGGAAAUGAGGGAAUGGGUGAGGGAUUGGAUGGAACUGCCUUAUGUAUCCCCAUACGCGGAUGCCUCAAACUUGGAACAAUGGUCGAGAGAGAUGGAGAAGAGAACAGUGGGAGUCUUCCACGAACUGCUUUCCCUAUCUAUUCACAAGAGAGUUUCGAUUCCAGUUCUAGGGAAGUUCGGGGAGGAGUACAGGUUUUCAAAUGCAUUCCCCAACCUGUUCACGAGGCAUUCGGGGCUGUUUUACGUGUCAUUGAAGGGAGGGAUCAAGACGGCUAUGCUCAGGGAAGCUUACAAGGGUGAUCAGCUGGUUGACCGGGACCCACUGCUUGAGAUUAGGGAUAAGUUUAUUGAGCUACUGCUUGCUUGAUGACUCAAGUGUGUCUUUGUUUUGGUUUUCAAUGGAUAGAGGUUAUGUUGUGCAUUCACUGCACAACAGGGAUCUAUACUGAGCUGUAUUGCUAGCAACAACGCCUUCUCUUCUUGUUUGGUAGCCUAAUUACUGACACUAGUUCUCUCACUUAGAAGAAAAAGAAAUCAAAGAAGGGCCUUUGUUCGUUGUUGAUUUCGUUCUUAUGUAGCAGCUCAGAAGAUAUCCUUCUUCUGCCCCAUCUCCUGAUUUACGUGGUAGGAUACUCAGAGGCUUGCCUCUGGGAAUAAAAGAAAACAUGCUGCUAAAAAGGGUAUUUGUCCUUCAUUUGUGACUGUUCAACAUAAUUAUUGUCUAUUCUUGAUGUUGUUGAACACUUGAACUUAUGGAUAAUUGUUGAAGGCAUCUGAAAAAAUGACAUUAAUAUCACUCAGAAUUUGUGUGACUACUAGGUAUAUUUGUUCAAACUAUUGACAUCACUGGUUGAAACUAUGGUCCAUAAACUUAUUUUCCACCUUCCGUAAAACAAAUGUGUUCUUAUUAUUCAAAACAUUUUGUCUAUGUAGAAAAUAAUGGUACUUGUGUUCAUUUAUAUUGUGUGUCUGGUUAAAACA